UCCAGUCACACGCAUCCCAUCAUAAAUAUCUAUAUCAGUUUUACCUUGUACAGUUUUAUUUUUAAUGCGGUGCGAAGUGCGAACGCAGCACUGUAAAACUGCAUUGUUUUGUACUGCUUCCGUGUAAGUAUAGUACUCGGGGAAUCAGGAAUGCUUCACGUGGAGUUGGUUAAUUUGAGUAGCAAGAUUUUGGACGGGAAACAGCUGGCAGCGCUGAUUGAUUAUCCACUGAAAUCCAACGAUCCACUGCUGAUUGAUACAUCCGCGCGCUGUCCCUGUGGUUCUCCGCAUCCGCAAGCCUUGUUGUCCUUCCAAUCUGUGGCGGCUUUCAUCCUGAAUCAGGUAUCUCUUCCACAGCUUAAUUCGGAUGCUGUCCUGCAGUAUUUAUCGUUGUCCGUGCAGUUGUGCCACUUUGCGUGUUCCAUACGGGAGAAACUCCGUCAAAGUGAUUUGCACAUACUUUCGAUAUUUUAUACUCGCCUGUCUGUUUUAUUCCUUCAUAAACAGCUCCCCUUGUGCACCGAGGAAUUGUUUCAAGACUGUUUGAUUCAGAAUUUUGUUUUGUUCCCGAAAGAGAUGACUGCUUUUGCGGCGAACUCUGAAGUGUCGCUGCGAGUUCGUCUGCAAGUUGCGGCGCGCUUCUUGCGCAACAAUCCCUCCACUCCCUGCGAAGAACCUGUCCAAUUAUUGGCAAAAAAAUUGCUAACCGAAUCCCAGUGCGGGCUGGAUACGAAAUUGGCGUUCUUGGUAGCUGCGGCGGAAAAUCAGCAUCGAAACAGCCUGGCUGCGAUUAUCGAUGCUCACAGCGAGGAAAAUGAUGAUUUUCUAGAAAAGUGCAUCACAAGUGACGGUCCUUUGAGUUUUAACAGUUGCCUACUAUUUUUGGACAAAUUUUUGGAUUAUGCGGGCGAAAUGUAUACGCUGAAUAAAAACGUGGAAUCUUUCACCGGAAUUGCUUCAUGGAUUUCACAGCAUUCUUCCAUAAUUUUUUCUCCAAAAUCCAUUGAACUGGUUAAGCAGACGACGCUCGUUCCAGUGUCCAGCUGUGUUUGCGUGGAGAUUCGGAAACUUGUCUCGGUGUUGCUCAAGGCGGUGUGUAUCUGUGUGCGACAGAUGGACAGAAAAGAAAUCGGAGAAGACCUGAUAAAUCUGUGCAGUGCGUGUCCGGAGCAUCCAAAUGCGUCAUUUCCAUCGUUUCUGUGUACCGUGUUCGCCCGUGAUGACGAGGGGCUGUGCGAAAGCCUGUUGUGCAUGCUGCAUCUUCAUGUUUUGCUCCCGGCCGAUAAAAACAUUCCCAGUCCGGAGUUGUGCUUCCAAGCUCUGUUGGCCAUGGUUGCGGACGAUCAUUUUGUAUUUGUCUCGUGGAUUGUCGAUAACCAGACGUGCUUUUUGGCAUAUCUCGUCCAGUAUGUGAAAUAUCUCAACGAAAAGACGGUUUCCCAACGAGAAAAGGAUGUGUUUGGGAAAAUAAUGCAGAGUUUGACUGCGCUGGCGGCGGAUGGAAAAGUUCCGUUUGAUGUUGAGCCCUUGACGCGCCGGUUGCGCCAAGUUCUACUUCAGUCGGAAAAGGAAGAACAAAUUUAAAACUGCUACAAUCCUGAAAUACUAAGUGUUUCCGGUAUUUUUGUAUAUUUAGUAGUGACACUUUUAUGUGGCGACAAUGCUGUUGUUAGCAGGUGAUUUUAUUUUUGGAAUGGUGUGAUAUCUAUUACUGUAACAGUUUUUUAAUUUUUGUUAACAAGUACAGUAGUGCCAAGUACAAUCAUCGCAGAAAUGUCAUGCCUGAAAUUAUGUAAAUAAAUACUUAAGC